AUGCGGUUGUUUAUAAUGGCACCUAGGCGAAACCAAUUCACUUGAUGGCAAUCCAGUAUAUGCGGUUGUUUAUAAUGGCACCUAGGCGAAACCAAUUCACUUGAUGGCAAUCCAGUGAAGCCCACGUUUCAUAAUGGUCCAGUUCCAAAUUUCUCUUCGGUUCGUCGUCCUCGUCCCCACUCCCCACCUGCGCAGCUGCGCUGCGCCAUCUCGAAUCCUCUCCUUCCACCAUCUCGAACCUCUCCUUCCGUCUCCUCCCCGGCCGAUUCUUCCAGUCUCCAGCCACCUUCAACUGCCGGCCGCAAGUGGCCCCGCGUCUCACCCCUAACCCCAGUGAAGAAUCUAGGCGUCGUCUAUCCAGCCCCGUCAUCAUCACCAUGGAGGAGGUACUCCGCUCCAUCCUCUCUUGCUUCUCCUCCCGCUCCCGCUCCCGCACCCGCACUCAAUCCCAUGGGCUGUGGUCCAGCGGGGCCAGCGACAAGAACAAGUCCAUGGUUGAGCAGCUGCAGAGGUACGGGGUCAUCAGGUCGACCAAAGUCGCGGAGGUGAUGGAGGCCAUCGACAGGGGGUUGUUCGUGCCACCUGGGGGCUCGCCAUACCACGAUAGCCCCAUGCCGAUUGGGUACAAUGCCACCAUAUCAGCACCACACAUGCAUGCGGCUUGCCUGGAGCUACUGGAGAAGAAUCUUCAGCCUGGAAUGCGAGCUCUCGAUGUUGGGUCAGGCACUGGAUACCUAACUGCUUGCUUUGCACUGAUGGUUGGACCAGAAGGGCGAGCAGUUGGUGUCGAACAUAUCCCAGAGUUGGUUGCUACUUCUACUGAAAACAUCAAGAAAAGUGCAGCAGCCCCACAUCUAAAUGAUGGAUCCCUCAGUAUACACGUUUCUGAUGGCAGGGAAGGUUGGCCAGAACUGGCACCCUAUGAAGCCAUCCAUGUUGGAGCUGCAGCACCGCAGAUCCCCGAGGCGCUGAUCGAGCAGCUGAAGCCCGGCGGCAGAAUGGUGAUCCCUGUCGGGACAGUCUUCCAGGAGCUGAAGGUUGUGGACAAGAAGUUGGAUGGCACUGUCAGCAUAAGAGACGAAACGUCUGUGCGCUAUGUGCCGCUCACUAGCAAGGACGCCCAGUUGCACGCAAGCUGAGUGAUCUAUCAUGUCAAAAAAAUGUUAUCCUCACCUGACAAGGUGAGGCAUUCAAUCGAAUCGCUACCCUUGUAAAUGUAUUAAUCCUACUGUCUCAGUAAAUGCGCUGGCUUGGAAAUAAAGUAAAUGAUGGAACAUCAUGGAACGUUUGUUUUUCUUCA